AUGGGGAUUCAGAGCAUAUACAUCGUCAACAAAUCCGGCGGUUUGAUCUAUCAUUGGGAUGCACCGCUUGCGGUCCUUGAAGUCGAGAAGACUUUCCGCUAUCCUCUCGAUAUUCAAUUGGCCAUCAAACGAGACGUCAUCCAUCGAUGGAGGGUGACUUUCGGCGAGCGCGAUGGAAUCAAAGUCGGUUACACGAUCCUCGCCAUAAACGGAAUUCCGGCCGAAGGUCUCAAGCUUCAAGACGGACGAGAAAUAGGCGAUGUGCUUGAAAAGCAGGAAAACUACCCCAUCAACAUAAAGUUCGGAAAAAUUCGGCCGAGUCUGAAUGAGAGGAUGUUUUUCGCUUCGACAUUCCAUUCGCUUUUCGCGAUCGCAUCCCAAUUGAGCCCUGAGCCGAAAUCCUCGGGCAUCGAGGUACUCGAGACCGACACAUUCAAGCUCUAUUGCUACCAGACAGUGACCGGUAUAAAAUUCAUGGCGGUCGCCGAUCCUCGACAAAGCAAUGUCGAUGCACUGCUGCGGAAAAUAUUCGAGAUCUAUGCCGACUACGGAUUGAAGAAUCCGUUCUACGCUCUGGAGCAGCCCAUAAGAUGUGAACUUUUCGACAUCCACCUUCAGCAGGCUGUUGAAGGUAUCGACCGAAUGUGA